AUGCUUUCCUCCAGUAUGAACUGCGUGGCAGAUUUCUUCACCUACGAAACCACCAAAUCAGUGGUGGUAAAAAGUUGGACCAUCGGCGUGAUCAACCGGGCUGUCCAGUUGCUCAUCAUUUCCUACUUCAUUGGGUGGGUUUUCCUGCAUGAGAAGGCCUAUCAGAUGAGGGACACCUCCAUUGAGUCAUCUGUGGUGACGAAAGUGAAGGGCUUCGGCAAGUACAGCAACCAUGUUAUGGACACAGCUGAUUAUGUCACACCUCCACAGGGAACGUCUGUCUUUGUUAUCAUCACCAAACUCAUUGUGACAGAGAACCAGGUACAAGGCCUCUGCCCUGAGAAUGAAGAGAGGUACAGAUGUGAACUGGACAAUGAAUGUAAGAAGACUGUCACCACUACAGGGGGGGGGAUCCUGACAGGCUUAUGUGUUAAUUACAAUGCCACCAUCCGGACCUGUCAGAUUCAGGGCUGGUGCCCAGCAGAGGUGGAUACCCAACAUGUACCUGUCAUGCUAGAAGCAGAGAAUUUCACUCUCUUCAUUAAGAACAGCAUCCGCUUCCCACUCUUCAAUUUUGAGAAGGGAAAUCUCCUACCCAAUCUCACAACUGAUGAUAUUAAAACUUGCCGCUUCGACCCUGAAAAGCAACCUUUCUGCCCUAUUCUGCGCCUAGGGGAUAUUGUGAAACUUGCCAAACAAGACUUUGCCAAGUUGGCCAAAACGGGUGGGAUAAUAGGGAUCAAGAUUGGAUGGGUAUGUGACUUGGACCACUCCUGGGAUCACUGCGUCCCCAAAUAUUCCUUUACCCGACUUGACAGUGUCUCUGAAAAGAACAACGUCUCUCGUGGAUACAAUUUCAGGUAUGCCAAGUAUUACAAGCACGAAAAUGGAACAGAGUACCGCACGCUGAUGAAAGCAUAUGGCAUUCGCUUUGAUGUUCUGGUUUAUGGGAAUGCUGGAAAGUUCAACAUCAUACCCACCCUCAUCAAUACUGUGGCAGCCUUCACAUCUGUUGGGGUGGGUACAGUCCUGUGUGAUAUUAUUCUCCUCAACUUCCUCAAGGGAGCAGACCAAUACAAAGCCAAAAAAUUUGAAGAGGUGACAGACCAAGUGUUGCAUCCAGCCAGCUCCAGCAACCCCAUGUACCGGAGCAGCCAGACUUUGGCAGGUCGUUGUGAGGAGAAACAGUCUACUGAUUCCGGGGCCUAUUCAAUUGGGCUCUAG